CUCUCUCAUCGGCCCUUUCUCUUCUCUCUCUCUCUCAUCGGCCCUUUCUCUCUUCUCUCUCUCUCCCUUUCUGUGCGUAGAGCUCUUUCGGAAGAUGUUUGCUGCUGCGGUUUGAAAAGGUGUAGGGGGAGAAGUGGGGAGAGAGGGAGAGAUGGGUUCUUGCGCUUCGGUUCACAAGGACCUCGGGCUCCCCAAGAAGCUGUUUCUCGCGUCGCCUAACAAGGAGAAGAAGAAGGCUGUGGACGGGAAGGGUGCUGCUCCGGGUGGCGGUGGCUCCGUUGAUCUCCAGCGUAAGGUUGAGGGGGAGCAGCCGCCGGCAGCGCUUGUCUUCAAGAGCCCCGGUUCUGGUAGCAAGGAUGAGAUGUUCUUUGACUCGCGGGCAUGGUUAGAUUCUGACUGCGAGGACGACUUCUACAGUGUGAAUGGAGAUUUCACUCCAUCUCGUGGCAGCACACCAAACUACCAACCCAGAACACAGACAGUUAUGAGCAAUGUAUUUGUACCUGAUAAUGUACAUAAUUCCAAAUCACCAGAACCUUCUCCAACUGGAAGGAGAAAACUGGCUGAGCUCCUGCAGGAGGCGAUGCAGAAUGGUUCUGAAGAAAGCACCACCAAUGCCUCUGUACCAGUUAUCAGCAAGAAUAAGAAGCAGCAGCUGCAGACUGUUUCUGCAGCUGUGAAGCCAGUAUCAGAGUCCAGCUCCGCAUGUAGCACAGAACCGACGCCGAUCAGAGAAGCGAAGAAUCGCAAAGAGAAGGCGUGGUACACCGGGCGCUGUUGCUUGCCGGCCUUUGUUCAUAGCCUAGCCUUAGAUGAGAGGAGGCAGAAGAUGGCCCCUGGACCUUGUGCUGUUUGACAAGGCUGCUCCCUUCUACAAGCUGUAUGAUACCUACAAUAUACCACCUGAUCCGGCCUUGAGGCCACUGUAAAGAAGACAAGUACUAAGAGUACUAUAUCCUUGUAAUAAUCAAGUGAAUAGUCACUCUUGAGAUUUCAUGUGCUGUAUCCAUGUUAAAGCAACUGCAAGGGGAGGCAAUCUAGCUCAAGAAAUCAUCAUUUUGUGCAUAUCUGAAUGAAUCUUUAUGAAAUAUAAAAUGCUCAGUUGCCAAUUUUCUAAUCAA